AUGUUCUCACGAACGGCUCAGCCUGCCCGGACUCUGCUUCGCAGCGCUUCCGUGGCUCCCUCCGUCGCUGGUUCCAUUCCUGCACGAUCCUUCGCGACGGUGCAGUCGGAUAUCUUCAAGCCGACCAAGUAUGGUGGCAAGUAUACGGUGACGCUGAUUCCCGGCGACGGCAUUGGUGCCGAGGUGGCCGAGUCGGUCAAGACCAUCUUCAAGGCCGACAACGUCCCGAUUGAGUGGGAGCAGGUCGAUGUCAGCGGUGUGGACACGGGCAACAAGCAUUCGGAGGAGCUGUUCAAGGAGUCCAUCGCAUCUCUCAAGCGCAACAAGCUGGGUCUGAAGGGUAUCCUGCACACCCCCGUGGAGCGGUCGGGCCACCAGUCGUUCAACGUCGCGCUCCGUCAGGAACUGGACAUCUACGCAUCCAUCUCGUUGAUCAAGAAUAUCCCGGGCUACCAGACACGCCACAACAACGUCGACUUGUGCAUCAUCCGUGAGAACACCGAGGGCGAGUACUCCGGUCUGGAGCACCAAUCGGUCCAGGGCGUGGUCGAGUCUUUGAAGAUCAUCACCCGCGCCAAGUCCGAGCGCAUUGCCAAGUUCGCCUUUAGCUUCGCGCUCGCCAACAACAGGAAGAAGGUCACCUGCAUCCACAAGGCCAACAUCAUGAAGCUGGCCGACGGUCUCUUCCGCAGCACUUUCCACAAGGUCGCCGAGAACUACCCCACUCUGGAGGUGAACGACAUGAUUGUGGACAAUGCCUCCAUGCAGGCCGUUUCGCGUCCCCAGCAGUUCGAUGUGAUGGUCAUGCCCAACCUGUACGGUGGUAUCCUUUCCAACGUCGGUGCCGCCCUUGUUGGCGGCCCCGGUGUCGUCCCCGGCUGCAACAUGGGCCGCGACGUUGCUGUCUUCGAGCCCGGCUGCCGUCACGUCGGCCUGGAUAUCAAGGGCAAGGACCAGGCCAACCCUAGCGCCAUGAUUCUGUCUGGCUCCAUGCUUCUGCGCCACCUGGGUCUGGAUGACCACGCCAACCGCAUCUCCAAGGCGGUUUACGAGGUGAUCGGUGAAGGAAAAUCGCGGACUCGCGACAUGGGCGGCAAUGCCACCACUCACGAGUUCACCCGCGCUGUUCUGGACAAGAUGGAGGCGGCUCUGUAA